UUGUACUUUAAUUCACUCGCCGAUGUCGCCAAAGCAAGAAAUAAAGAAAUAAAAGAUGAACGCCAAGAGCAAUUCAAGCAUCUCUUCUUUAUUUUCUGAAAAUGACCUUUCGUGCCGAGGAUUUGCAUUCGUUGGCCGGUCAGAACCGACGUUUUCUGUUGUGUUUUUUUAACUUUGCUCUCUUCUCUUUCGCAGUUGAUCAAGCAAGUUUGGCGGAGAAUACAAAGAAGGAGGGGGAGGGGGGGAAACAAAACAUAAAAUGCCCGUGGCAACGUCUUUCUCUGACUCCGCCAUGCAUCAGGCUUUGGACACGCUGAGCGACAGCAUCAGCUCCACCACCGCCAACGACCUGGACCUCAUCUUCCUCAAAGGCAUCAUGGAGAGCCCAGUGGCUCACGAGCGCUUUGAAGAGCCCAAGCUGGAAGCCGUGAGGGAGAACAACGUGGAGCUGGUCCAGGACAUCCUCAAGGAGCUGGGCCCUCUGGCGCACAGGAGCCAGGCAGCCGACGAGCUGGUCCACAUCCUCAAGGAGCCUCACUUCCAGUCCCUGCUGGAGACGCACGAUUCCGUGGCCUCCAAAAACUACGAGACCCCCCCUCCCAGCCCUUGCGCCUUCAUGGACGCAGCCCUCAACAACCAGCCCGUGCCCCCCGACGCCGUGAGGAUGGUGGGCAUCCGCAAGGUGUCCGGCGAGCACCUGGGCGUGACGUUCCGCGUGGAGAGCGGCGAGCUGGUGAUCGCCAGAAUCCUCCACGGCGGCAUGAUCGACCAGCAGGGUCUGCUCCACGUGGGCGACAUCAUCAAGGAGGUCAACGGCAAGGAGGUGGGCAACGACCCCAAAGUGCUGCAGGAGAUGCUGAAGGAGGCCAGCGGCAGCGUCGUCCUCAAGAUCUUGCCCAGCUACCAGGAGCCGCACACGCCCAGACAGGCUUUUGUCAAAUGUCACUUUGACUACGACCCGUCCCAUGAUAACCUGAUUCCGUGUAAGGAGGCGGGACUGAGCUUCUGCAGUGGAGACAUUUUGCAGAUUUUCAACCAGGAAGAUCUGAACUGGUGGCAGGCCUGCCACAUUCAGGGAGGAAGCGCCGGUUUGAUUCCGAGUCAGCUCCUGGAGGAGAAGAGGAAAGCGUUUGUGAAGCGAGAUCUGGAGCUCGUCACCACAGGUCCGCUGUGCGCUGGAGUGGGGGGCAAGAAGAAGAAAAAGAUGAUGUACUUAACCACCAAGAAUGCAGAAUUCGACCGUCACGAGCUGCGGAUCUACGAAGAGGUCGCCAGGGUGCCCCCCUUCCGGAGGAAGACGCUGGUCCUGAUCGGCGCGCAGGGCGUCGGCCGGCGCAGUCUGAAGAACAAGCUGCUGGUGUUGGAUCCCCAGCGGUACGGCACCACCGUCCCUUUCACCACCAGAAAACCAAAGGUGGACGAGCGAGACGGCCAGAUGUAUUCGUUCAUGACCCGCAGCGAAAUGGAGGGCGACGUGAAAAACGGACGCUUCCUGGAGCACGGCGAAUACGACGGGAACUUGUAUGGUACGAAAAUCAACUCCAUACACGAGGUGACAGAAACGGGAAAGAUCUGCAUCCUGGACGUGAACCCCCAGGCUCUCAAGGUCCUGCGGACGUCCGAGUUCCUGCCCUACGUCGUGUUCAUCGAGGCCCCCGAUUUCGAGGUCCUGAAGGCCAUGAACAGGUCGGCCAUCGAGUCGGGAGUGGUGACUAAACAGUUAACGGACUCGGAGCUGAAGAGGACGGUGGACGAGAGCGAGCGCAUCAAGAGGGCCUACGAACAUUACUUUGACCUCUGCAUCGUCAACGACGGCCUCGAAGCCACGUUCCGGCUCCUGCGCGCCGCCAUGGAAAAACUGUUGAACGAGCAGCAGUGGGUGCCCGUCAGCUGGGUCUUUUGAGCUGCCGAGCGGAGCGGGAGCGUUGUGGACCGCGUCCGGGGCGGGUAUGUCGGCGUCGUCUUUCAUUUGUCGUCGAUGCGUGGAUGUCGAAGAGGAUCUAGCGUUGGCCCUCGGGUUAGUAGUGCAGUCGUGUGCGUGGAUGUGUAUUUAGCGCAAACUUGUUCACGGACGAGUCGAAUUUGGCCGAUUGUGCGGAGCUAAUUGUUGAUGGCGGCGUUCCCUCGCUAUUGGUUCUGAAAGAAAAAUAUUUGUAAUUGCUUUUACGUGCCACCAGGUGGCAGCAGAGCACUACUUUACUUCGAAAAAAGCAAAAAUACAACAAAUCUUUUCUAAAUUGCCUUCCCUGGAUAUAUAAAUGUUAAAUAAAUAAAAAUGAACAUGUGAGCACUUUUUCCUUUCCCAAAAUAAGAUAGCCGCCAAAAAAAAAAUCCAGGUGUGGCAUAUCAAAAUGCUGAAUAGACCACGAGAUUAUUGAUUAUUAUAAAGUUACCGGGCUGGAUAUUGUCCCUGGUGUACGAGUCCGAAAUGGACCAGGGGGGCCAGCUCGCGAAAAAUGCAAAUACAAAAAAAGUGUCGCAUGUAUGGAGCGAUUCAGUUGGAAUUACUUAACACCAAGUUGCCACAAGAUGGCGCCAGAUUAACACUUAAAGAGCGCUUCGGGCACAAUAUUAAAAAUGAGCGUUUAGCGUUGAUUCAGAAUUUUCCCUCAUAGUUGGACAAGAGAAUGUAGUGGAAAUCAUAUUCCUAGUUAAAAAGUAACACUGUCAUGUACUUUAGGUAGAAAUUAACGUCGAAAGGGCCUAUAUCUUUUUUUAGCCUUCCAAAUCUUAACUAACGUAGUUUUAAUGUUUACAUUGGAUCGCUAGAAGAUGACCGGACACAUACCAAAUGCGAUAUUUGCAUUUUACUUCUGUAUAUUUUACCGUAAGAGUACGAUUUGUAGUCGUUGAGGAACGUGCUUGGUUUGUGUUUCUUCACUGGUCCGGAAAAUGAACGGCGAUAGAAAAAGAAAAAAAAAAAAACACAAAUAUUGAUUUUUUUUUUUUGUUUUGUUUUUUUUUUGCUCUCGACAUUAAACACAGCGAGAGCGCUCGGAAAUUAGAACGUGUCGAUUUAUUGACGGCGGCCUGCUUGGUUUACUCGUGUUUGUAGCACUGACGAUUGCAAAACCGGGUAAAUUUGAGGAGAAACGUAGACAAAAGUGACAUUUUGUCACCUUUUUGGGUUAUUUUACAGAUGAUUUUGAUGUACAACUUUUUUGCCUUAACAUGCUUUCGAAAAGCCAAGGAUAUUUAAAA